GGUAAAUAGAUCAUCUUUUACUUCAACCUUUGUCCAACCAAAGUCCAGCUGUGCAGCGCCAGCUCGAGCUAAGACUCCAUCCUCACCUAGAGGACUCUGAGCCUGCCUUCUCGGUAACAUGCUUAAAGCCAUGGCGUCUCCUUCCCAGCCUCGCGAAUGCACCGUGACCAAACAAGACGGCAAAGGCUAUGGAUUUUUCCUGCGUAUCGAGAGGGACCAAGCCGGUCAUCUCGUCCGGUCAAUCGAAAAGGGCAGCUCGGCCGACAAAGCCGGUUUAAAGGAUGGAGACAGAGUCCUAAGGGUCAAUGGGAUGUUUGUGGAUGAAAAGGAGCACAAAGAGGUGGUAGAGCUCAUCAAGGGCAGCGGAAACUCCGUAAGUCUUUUAAUUUGGGACGGGGAAUCCUACGAGAGCGCCAAGAGAAAGGGAGAAGAUUUGUCUAAACUCGGCCAAGCGCCAUCCCAACCUGCAAAGCAGCCAGAGGUCAACCAGCCAACGAGCCAAGCCGCGACAAAUGGAGAGUCCACCCUAAAGCCACGGAUCUGCUACCUGAAUAAAGACGGCGUCAGUUUUGGAUUUGCCCUAAAAACUACGAAAGAGAAUGACCUGAUCCUGACCGCGCUGGUGCCGAACGGCAUCGCGGCCAAAGCCGGAAUACGCGAGGGAGACCGUAUCAUUGAACUGAACGGAAAGAACGUCGAGGAAGACACGCACGACCAGAUAGCAUCCAAGGUGAAGGAAUCCGGAGCUAGUGUUGUUUUCCUGGUGUCAGACAAGGAAACCAUGGAUUACUUCUCCAAACGGAAGAUGAAGAUCACAGGAGAAGCGGCUACUCUAGAACUCCUGCCGCACAAACCUAGAAUUGUGGAGCUGAAAAAGGAGCCGAGCGGUUACGGGUUUUAUCUGAGACAAGAAAAAAAUCAGAAAGGUCACUUCGUUGUGGAUAUUGACGCAGGCAGCCCAGCGGAAAAGGCCAAGCUGAAAGACUACGACCGCGUUGUCGCUGUCAACGGACAGUCCGUGGAAAGCUUUGACCAUGAGCAAGUGGUGGAAGCCAUUCGCAAGGGAGGAGAAAAGACCACGCUACUGAUCGUGGAUAAGAAGACGGAUGACCUGUACACAAUGGCCGGCGUAUCACCUUAUUUAUAUUUGCAAGAACUAAAGGAAGAAAAGAAGAGCGAGGUUCAAAACGCGACGGCUCCAGUGGUCUCUCCUACACCGACACCCUCCAUCAGCCCGGUCCCGUCCGCAACAGCCGCGAAACCAACCCCGUCUCCAGACCCAAAGCACAAGCCCAGACUAUGCCGAUUACAGAAGGGCACCGGCGGGUAUGGUUUCCACUUAAACGCAAUCAAGGAGGUUCCUGGACAGUUUAUUAAACAGGUGGCGAAGGGGGGACCAGCUGAGGUGGCCGGGGUUAAAGAGGACGAUGUGCUGCUAGAAGUAAACGGCGAGAACGUGGAGAAGGAAAGCUACGUGGACGUUGUAACGAAAAUCAAGAGCGGCGGAAGCAAGCUGACAAUACUGGUCAUUUCCCAAGAGGGUUACGAAUACUACAAGGCGCAGAAAAUCCCUAUCGCAGCUUCCAUGGCCGACCCUCUGCCCGAAAAGGAGAGUCCUCCGAGCUACGGGGAGGUAGUCAAGUCAAGCCCGGAGAAAAAAGAAGAAAAGGCGGAAACUCCAACCGCCAAGGAUAAAGAUAAACCGCAGAGCAAAACGGAGGAUAAAGAUCACAGCGAUAGCGAUAGCGACAGCGACAACAAAAGCGAUGAUGACACCCAACUGUAAACAUCCGAGGCAGAGACUAUCAUCCGUAGCGGAAUAUAACACCCAGCAUCCUCAGGCAUGCACCGAAUUACGUACGACAGAGGCCAGCUGUCACAGGACUUCUACUCCCACUAAUCUCUACCACGUUCCAGUCCAAGACGUUUCCUAGACCAUCCAAACACUCUCGACGGUCCAGCUUACUAAUCCGUGCACGAGAAGGGCUUGGUCACGGAAAAAACUCAAGACUGAAUGUUUUUGUCACGGUAUUUGUUCACCGUAAUAUUACGUUAAUGUGUAAACCAGCGGAAAUUCUAGAAGAAGCCGUUAUAAUGCCCAAAAGUUAAUUCCAUUCGCAGAUCUUCGGCUUGCCCACCAGCUAGUCACCCAGAAGACAGGGGCGUCACAACGAGCCCCACUGCCAUCUUCUAACUGUUAAAAUCACAGAUUUUGGUAUAAAUAAAAACCAUUUAUUGAAACCGUC